ACACACAUACACACACAACCUCCCAUAUCGAUCAGUCCAGGAAAUGUGUCUGUUUGCCUCUCCUGCUAAGGUAAAGCAGCAGCAGGUCCAUCAUGGCUGAUAUACGGGAUCAUAAUGAGGCACCUAUGGAGUCUGGUUACGUUCCAUCGUAUCCUGAGAUGGCGCUCGGCACGGAACACGGUCGCCGUGGCAACAACGCCUUCAGAAUCCUCAGCAGCCGGGGUCGUCGGCUCAGCGAAGGCGAGCGGAAUGUGCUGUCCCUGAACGUGCUGUUGCUAGGCGACAGGCAGAGUGGGAGGAGCUCUGUGGGGAAUGCUCUUAUUGGUGGAGAGGCGUUCCAAACGGGCACCUGCAUUUCUGGCCUUUCCUUGACGACGGAGUUGCAGCUCCUAAGCCGAAAUUUCCAGAAGUAUUUCAGAAGACAGGGGGCGGAGUCUGACCUCAUGUUGCGAGUGGUUGACACGCCCCCUAUGUUGCCCCGCCCACAGAGCGUGCACGAGCUCUGCCCUGAGGGCGUGCACGUACUUGUGCUCGUUGUGAGAGCUGACCUGCCGCACGACAACACACACCUGGAGGAGCUCGUGGAGAGUCUCUUCGGUCCAGAAUGGCGUCGUCACGCUUUACUCGUUCUCACACACGCUGACCACCUGGAGGAGGCGGGGCUUCACCUGUCAGUCUACCUAACACAGACCAGUGAUUGGCUGAGAGCUCUGGCUGAAGAGGUGGAAGGAGGAGUCUUCCUCUUGGACAACAGCUGUGAUUGGCCGUCAAUCAGAGGACGGCCGUUGAGAGACCGACUGCUCCGCCUCUCAGCCAGGAACCAUCACAGAGCUCUGACAGUCAGGACAGAGGUCUCACUCUGACUCUUUAAAGAGGACCACACACUUUUUUUUUAAAAUUCGUAUUGGCAUAUGAUGUUAAUACAGAUGAUUUUUCCAACAGAAUCACAUAAUGU